UAAUGAAUAAUCCAGAAGUAAUAUAUGCUAACCUUACAGGCGAUUCAGAGCGUAAUAAUUUAUCAUAAGAAAAUAGCUUUUGUUACUGAUAGCUUAUGUGUAAAUUGUGAGAAACAAGGUAAAACUACAAUUUUAUUGACUAAAAUACCUAUGUUCUCAAAUAUUAUUAUUGUCUCUUUUGAUUGUGAACAUUGUGGAUAUAAAAACAAUGAAGUUUAAUUUGGUGGAGAAAUCAAAGAAAAAGGAAUUAAAUUGCAUUUAAAAGUCAAUGAACCUAAAGUAAUAAUUAUUUAGAUUUAUAGGAUCUAUAAAGACAGAUAAUUCGAUCAGAAUUCUGUAAAGUUUUAAUUCCAGAAUUAGAGUUUGAAAUGCCAUCCAAUAAGAAAAGUAGUAUCAAUACUUUAGAAGGAUUCCUUUAAAAUAUUAUUGAUGACUUAUCACAUGAUUAACCUAUAAGAAAGUUCACAUAAGUGGAAGUCUAUGAUCGAAUUGAAUAUAUUAUAGGAAAAUUAAAGGAAUUCAAAGAAGGUUAAGGAUUACCCUUUAAUUGGAUGCUUGAAGACCCAUCUGGAAAUAGUUUCAUUUAAAAUCUAAAUGAACUUUAAGAUGAUCCCUCACUCAAAAUAUAACAUUACAUUAGAACAAUAGAAGAGUUGGAAGCUAUGGGAUAUAGUGCUGAGAAUUAAAAAUAAGAAGUCUAAUAAUUAUAAUAAUAAUAAUAAAUAAUAACUGAUCCAAUUCAUUAAGGUACAGAAUAAAUAUAGGCUGGUGGAUAAAAUUUCAAUUAAUCAAUAGAAGAUUCUGUAAAGAAUGAAUCUAUCAAUAUUCCAACACCAUGUAAUGUUUGUAAGGAAAUGGGAGAAAACAAAAUGUGUACAGUUACAAUACCUCAUUUUAAGGAAAUUCUUAUAAUGAGUUUUAAUUGUGGAUUUUGUGGAUUCAAAGAUACAGAGGUUAAAGCAACAGGUGAGAUUAGUAAAUAAGGUAAAAUAAUAGAAUUGAAAUUUGAAAAUGAAAAUGAUUUAUGUAGAGAUGUAUUUAAAUCAGACACUGCUAAAUUGAUAAUUCCUGAAAUUGAAUUAGAAUUAGGAACAGGUACAUUAGGUGGAGUAUAUUCAAAUGUUGAGGGAUUAUUAGAAUAAAUUCUAACACGUUUAAGAGAUAAUGUAUAUAUUAUAAUUUAUUAGUAGAAUCCAUUUGUAGGUGAUAGUGCUGAUGAUAAUUAUAGAAAAAAGAUGGAAUCAUUCUUUUAGAAAUUAGAAGAAUUCAAAUCAGGAAAAUCUAAAUUUACUUUAAUAAUAAGGGAUUUAGUUGAAAACAGUUUCAUUCAAAAUCCUUACUAUCCAAAUGAAGAUACUUAAGUUAAAAUAACUCUCUUUGAUAGAACUCCAGAAGAUAACGAUGAAUUAGGAAUAGAUACAAUGAAAACAGAAAAUUAUCAAAAUUGA